AUGGAUUUAUUUAAUACAGAAGGAGAUGAAUCAUCAUCGCAUGAGAACAACGUCAUUGAUCAAUUGGGUAAUAACAACGAAUUCGGUAUGGAUAAUGAGGAUCAAAAUUCUACUAUUGAAGAUACUUUGAAUGUCAAUCAAGAACGCCAAAAUGAUGAACAUUCUAUAUUGGAAACAGAAGAAACAGUAUCACCAGAUAAUGAUAAUAAUAGUAAUGAUGAAGAUAAUAAUACAUCGACAACAGCAGAUCAUUCAUUUGUGACAGCAACUGCUAUUAAUAAUUCACACGACGACGAUAAAUUAGAACAAAACAAUGCUUCUUCAUCAACCAAUAUUAUUGAAAGCAAGGAUAGUAAUGCCGAAGGUGAAGAUACAAGGGAUAAUAAAAACAUAAGCACAGAAAAUCCUGUAUCUGAAGAGAAAGAUGACGAUGAUGACAAUGAUGUUGACAUGUCAAAGGAUAAUCUCGAAAACAAUAUCGAAGAUAAUAGUAAAAAAAUGACAAAGAAUACUGAUACGAUAGUGCAACCACAAAUAUCCCAACCAGAUAACAACAAUUCAACAAAUAUCGGAGAACAAGAUUCGACUUCAGAAGUAACUAAUGGAAACAACGACACUGAAAAAGGAUCUCCUAAUGAUGAUAACCAAGAAGAUGAUGAAGAAGAAGAAGAAGAAAAAGAGAAAAAAGAUGCAGACAUAGCCGACAAUGAAGGGGAGAAUGAUGUAGAUAUGACUAGCGAUGAAGAAAAGAAUGUCAAUAUAAAUGAUGACGUUGACGAUAACGAUAACGAUGAUGAGGAUGAACGAAUGGAUGAUAUCCCUGAACAGGAGAGUGACGCCGAUACUGACACUCCAAAGAUGCCCGAUUACAGAAACCAUGAAAUAACGGAUGGCGUCACGGUGACAACUUUGAAUCAAGAACCGGAGGAUAAAAACAACAUCACAACCAAUGACGAAGAUGUUAUUGAUAACAAUAAUAACUCAUUAUUAGGUGAUAUAAAUAGCCUCGAAAAUCAGAAUAAGGAUAAUUUAGGAUUGAAUACAGGCGAAGAUGAUGAGGAAGAAGAAGAAGAAGAAGAAGAAGAAGAAGAAGAGGAGGAGGAAGAAGGUGAAGAAGCGGAUGAUGAAGACAAUAAUGAAGAGACGCAUAGAGAAAAAAGUACAGAUUUUGAAGGGUCACCCUCCGUGGCAAUAAAUGAAUCAGAAACUACCAGUCCUGCAACAUUAAGCGCCCAAACACCUCAAAUAAUUACAGAAACCCAGUCUGAUUAUAUGAAUGAGGAAAAUAAUAUAGACUCAACUAUAUCACAGGGUGAUUCGACGUCAGUGGUUCAAGGCAAUACAAACGACAACGGAAUAUUAGAAUCGACAGACGAAUACAACCAUGAUAUUAAAACAACAUCAGAGCACCAUACAAUGCAGGAUACUGAAGAAACGCUAACCAAUGUUGAAAAAUCUGCCCAAGAAACUGUAACUGUUCCCCCCAAUUCUAAUUCUAAUCAAUCUAGUGUACAAGAACAGCCUACAUUGAAACAUAAUCCAAAUAAAGUAGAUGAUGGAAUUAUAAUACCACAAACGCAUGAAAUUAUCAUACCAAGUUAUUCAACGUGGUUCAAUUUAAGAAAAAUACAUCAAAUUGAAAAAAAAUCUUUACCAGAAUUUUUCACAAUCAGAAUUGCAUCAAAGACUCCUGAGAUUUAUAUGAAAUAUAGAAAUUUCAUGAUAAACUCUUAUAGACUGAAUCCAAACGAAUAUUUCAGUGUCACAGCAGCAAGAAGGAAUCUAUCAGGUGAUGCCGCAUCAAUAUUCAGAAUUCAUAAAUUCCUAAUGAAGUGGGGGUUGAUAAAUUACCAAGUCAGUGCUAAACAGCUACCAAAAACUGUUGAACCACCGUAUACCAAUGAAUUUUCUACCAAACAUGACGCUCCAAGAGGAAUUUUCCCCUUUGAAAGUUACAAACCAUCUGUACAAUUACCAGACAUGGCAAAGCUAAAGAAAAUGAUGGACGUGGAAGAUGAGCGUAGCACUUUGUACAAGUAUUUAAAUCAGGAAAAGAAACGUACCUUUUCAGAACUAGAGAAAAAUGAGUUGCAAACUCUCCAGUCUAGCAAAGAUAAUGAAAUAGCCCAUACAACUACAUUAAUUGCACAAAAAAAUGAGGUGAGACCUACCAAAAGACCAAAUAUUUUAGACAAUGUUAGUGUCCCAUCAGAAAAAAUAAAAUGGGAAAGAGAAGAUUUGAAGAAAUUAUUAUUUGGUAUUCAAACUUAUGGAUCCGAUUGGUACAAGGUCGCCAAACACGUAGGGAAUAAGACACCAGAACAAUGUGUGCUAAGGUUUUUACAAUUACCAAUUGAAGACAAAUUUUUAUACCAAGAUCGAAACAAUUUACCAGGAAAUGACGUUAAAAAAGAGAAAAACUCUGUAGUUAAUGUAGGUGAGCUAGGACCACUGAAGUUUGCUCCCCACCUUCCAUUCUCGAAAAGUGAAAAUCCAGUUCUAUCUACAAUUGCAUUUUUGGUAGGGUUAGUUGAUCCAAAGGUAGUCCAACAAAUGACUGACCGUGCUAUUCGUUCAAUGGAAGAUCAGGAGAAAGAAAAUAAUACCGAAAAUGAUAUUUGGAGCGAGAAGAAGAUAAACGUUAGUGCUGAUGAUAAGGUUGAGAAAGUGAACAAUAAAGAUAAUGUCAAUUCUGAAACUGAAAAGAAGGAACAACUACAAACAAUAUCAGCCGAACAACCUGCUGUAACUGAAGUAGACACAACCAAAACCAAUGCUGACCAUGCCUCAGAGGAACAUGACGAGAAAAAACUAGAUAUUACCCUAAAAGAUAAAGCACCCCCUACUACAGAAGAAAUUGGAAAUGAUGCGAUGAAUGUGGGUUCGACUGUACCUCGUACUGUGCCCAUAGAUGUUGAAAUGACUGACAAUAUAACAGAACCACUGAAUACUAGAGAAAGCAGUAGUGAUAAUACUGAUGCAUUAUUUGGCGAUGAUAAUAGUGAUGAAGAUAUGUUGGCAGAGGAGGACAAAAAAGAUGAGUCUAAAAUUGCUGUUAGGACAGAACCUUCAGGUUUACCAGAAAUGGCCACUGAACCUGACAAAACAAAGGAUGACACAGUAUCAGCUGUAAUAGAUCAAAACAAGGAGGACCAAUUUGAAAUUAAAGCGAAGGCAGAAGAUCUGUCUAGCAAUGUCGAUACAAAGAAUAUAGAUGUAGACACAAAAACUGACGACACGGCAGAGGAAGAGGCUGAAAAGACUAGUGAAACAACAGAACCGGAGGUUGUCUUAGAAACUUUAGUUGAGAUGAGAAGCUCUACAAAACCAGCAAUUGAAAAGAACGAACCUUCUAAGGAGUUACAUACCAAAGAAUAUAACGAUGUGAAGGAAGGUUCUGAAAUUGCUAUAGCAUCUUUGGGUGUUCGUUCUCAUGUUUUUGCUAAUAAUGAAGAAAGACAAAUGAAUAAGUUGGCUAAUCAAAUGAUUCAAAUUCAACUCGAAAAACUGGAAACCAAAUUGAAGAUAUUUGACAAGUUAGAAAGAUCCUUGGAAUUUGAUAAGAAGAAAUUAGAAAGAAAACAAGAAGAAUUUUUGGUGCAACGUUUAACAUUUGCGAAGAGUUCGAACUUACUGGUUAAAAAGUUUGACAAGGCAUUGGAUUUAUUAAACGAUACCCAUUCUGAGGGUUCUACAGGAACAAACAAUGUCGAUGAAUCAACAAUUAAAUCCUUGACGUCAUCUGUUAAUGAAAUGAAGCAACUGUUAUCGAGACCACUUUAUCUAAGUUUUGGUUCCAAGGUAGACGGUCCAAAAUCGUCCAACAAUGAGGAAACAAGCACUACUGAAGAUCUAGAAAAUGGAAUGAAACCAAUUUCUAUUGAAAACCCUCAAGUUUAUAGAUAUUGGUCAGCUUAA